AAAACUUUUGGCAUUUCUUUUGCAUUUUGUUCCCAUUUUUACGCGUUUUUUUACCAUUAUUCGAGAUUUCGCAAUCAUAAAUUACCUGUUUUGACUGCUAAUUACAUUUGAAAUGAAUCGAAGGAGUUAUGGAUAAUUCUGGAUGUAAUGGGGGAUGUUCUAAGGCCAAACGAUCUAAAUCCUCUGACGAAUUUAUGAUAAACUCGAAAUGGGCUUAUUUGCCAAGCAUUGUUCUCCAUGAGAUAUUUGAAUACUUGAGUUAUGAAGAUCGUAAAAACGCAUCAAGCGUUUGUCACAAUUGGCGACAAAUAAUUUUUCAUCCAAAAUGGUGGUCUUCAGCUAAAUUUGAUCUAGAACAGCAUAAUGUAAGCAAAGUAAACUUUUAUAUAGCAACCCUUGGCCGAAUAGUGUCAGAAGCAACAGUAUCGUUAAAUUCCUUAUCGCCGACAUGUCUUAAUCAAUUUGUCAUACUAUUAAGGACAUUUAGUGAGAACAACCAUUUCAGGAAUCUUUUACUUGAGCCUACCCAUUGUCGUUUUGAAAUACCUCAGAAAUACAUUGAGGAUUCAGUGGAAGUUAGCAACACAUUUGAAAUUGUUAACCUUUUGACGAUGGUAUUACCUAGACUAAAUAAAUUCAGUAUUGGGUGUGUGGAGGAGUUUGCACACAAUAUGGAAAUUCUGUUGAAGAAUUUGACACCUUCUAAGGUUACUCUGCUUGGACUAGCGUCUGUUAAAGACGAUCCAGUAAAAUAUGAACCGAGCUAUUUCAAUCUCGAGCUUUUGGCCCAAUUUAGAAAUCUGCAGAUUUUAAGUGUGGAUUAUGACCAUCUGUCAGAUGAGUUUUUAUAUAAGUUAGAAAAAGCGACUCUGCUAUCGAGAUUGGUGGUUCACUUGCAUGCAGUCCAGAAAAACCAUCCGGGUUCAACAAAUGAAGCCUGGAUAGAUUUCAAAAGGGCGCAUCCCCAGUGCAUGUUACGCUUGUCAGUGAUUCAUGCGUACAAAGAGAUUGCCCAGUUGCACGUGACUGUGCUAAAGGAGCAGAUGCCCCUGAGUCAUUUGAAGGUGUUUUUCUGUGAAAAUUUAUUCCAGGUGAAUAUGGAGGUACUCCGUACCUUACCGACAUUUUAUGCGAAUACUUUACGUAGUGUCAUUUGGAUAGAUUCGUUGAGCGAUUGUGACUACAGCUGGAAGUGCUCGAAAUCUUCUGUGAACAUUCCGGACCCUUUUAUUUUAAUGUCGUGGCAGUGUUUGCACUUUGAAGAACUUAUUAUUUACGGCUACAAAUAUUGCGAAUACAAUUUGGUGGCCAUCGGUCGGCUGAGGGGGCCAAAGUUGACGAGGCUUGAGAUACCCCAAGAUGAUAUAUUGUUCAGCGAUUCCCUCAACGUGUACUGCAUAGAUGAUAUCUCUUCCAAUUUGCAAAGGCCGUGGAAGCCGCUGAAACGUUCGGAAUUGCAUCCGGUCAUCCUCGAUCCGGUGGCCGGCGAUUCGGACGAAUUUUUGUUGCCGUACGUAUUAGCCGACUUACGUUAAGUCUAAAACCCGACAAAAAAAUAAACGAAACUUCAACAAGUUUUGUCGUCUGACUUUUUCACGCGCAUGUACAUUUGACAAAUUUGAAAACUUCGAAGCCUUAUAUUUAUUUUUCUAUUUUUGUUUUGUUUUGUUUUUUUUUUGUUAUUUAGUAGAAACGUCUUGCACGGGCGUUUCGUUUUGUUAUUAACGCGUUGCGACCGACUGGGCGCUGCAGUUUGCUUGCAGUUGUUUUUACACAACACAUUAGCCAAUGAUGUUGCAUUGUUUCAGACAUUGGUUUAUUUGAAUUUUCUGUUUCCUUCAGUAUUGAAUAUCGCGAACUUAUAACCUACCGACAAUGGAAUCUAUCGCGGGAAAAUGUAAACCGUAAAGCCGAUCUGUCGAUUAAGGACUAAUAGGGGAGUUUUUUGUGGUCACACACACAAAUUACACACCUUGCAGCUUAAUGCUUCUGGGGAGUCAGUUGAACUACUGUCACUGCCCUCUAGGAAUUUCAGAUUCGAGGAACUAUUAAUAUUGCCCUCUAAACGAGAGGAACGGUGUUUAUAUCUUUAAGUACCGUAAACCGGGAUUUCUUUAUUCCGCUUUUAUGGAACAAGAUUUGAAAAAAUAUUAUGAAAUCGGAAUUUCUUUUUGUUUCUGCUUAGACCCUACGUAUUAAAAAUAUUUUACUUGAAAAGUGGAAGAGGCUCCCAUAGCCAAAGGUUGCCUUGCCCCACCUACAAAAAUAUUGGCUAAUCGCUGGUUGGAGUAAAGUGGAUGUGCAUAUUUUUAUACUUUUCCUCAGUCGGUAUCAAACAAGAAAACAAAAAAUUAAUUUUAUUUUUUAUUGCAAAAAAAAAAUAACUGCAAGUAUUGUAACGAAUACAAAAGUAAAAUAAAAUACAUGUAUAAGUACUUAAAUAAAUGAGUAUAUAUGUAGUAGCUAUAUGGAAAAUAGUGUAUCUGCUAAAAAAUGUACACCUAACAUUUAGUCACUGUACUACUACCGUGCUAGCUCAGGGACAGAGAAGAUGCCUCUUUUGUAACUUGUUGAGGUGGUUUAAUCAAACAUCACACCAAGGAUAUGUCAAUUGAUCCUUCUUUAAGGGCCAUUUUGCACAUUUUUAGGGAUUUCUCCAUUGAAUUUAUUAUAAUCUCAUUGUCAAAGGAAGCAAUUUGCCAAGGGUAGAACUGUCCUUCAUAAGAGAAUACAACACCUCUCUUACAACCUCAUCAAAAUGGAGUUCAUUUGUUUGAGGAUAUUUCGCCUGUAUCCAAUCUAUGAACUCUUUUUCUUUUUCCUGCACUUUUUCAACCUCAUCGAAGUUAACGUUAUCUGAAGAAUUAUCAUUGAAAUCAAGCGUAGAAGUAGAUGGUUGUAAGAGAAGCUGUUCAGCGUCCUUUGUUGUCGUAGGCUCUUCCAUUUGUUCCUACACACUUCUCAGGCGGUAUGUUCAUUUUUUUCUGCAAAUGUUUGUAUUGUAUUGUGAAGAAAACUCAACAUCAUCUCUAUUGUCUGAACUUCUAGGUAUGCGGGUUAAAACUUCAUCAAUGUUCAAAGGAAAUAUUCCGCACUUGCGAAAACCUGAUAUUAAAUUUUCUUUGAUGCAAGAACUCUCAUUUAAUUAAAAUUUAAAUCUAAAACAAGAACCAAAAUCACAAAUGAGUAACCAAAUAUGGAAUAGGUACUCAUACAUGGAAUAUAAGCAUAAAUCAUAAUUUCAAUAAGAAAAAAUAUCCUUGAUUCAGGAGUCGGGUUGGUAUGUUGAUUGAAGUGCUUGAACCAGUCUGAAAAGAUGUUCAUUUAAAUCCUGAUGGAUGUGCAACUCCGACUGAUCCUGGUGGAUAGCUUCUCACUCAUUUUUUCUGAGAGAGGUCCUCAUUCUGCUGAUGUCAGUGCAGCUAUCUGGCAUUUACUUUUGUGACCAAUGAUUUGUGGUAUCUUACUUUGUGCUAUUGUGAUUUGGUGGAUAGUUAUUUUUAGUGUAAAGCUUUUCAGGGAAGUUGAAAAAAGCAGCCACUUUUUCUUUAUCAAAUCCAAAUGCUCUGGCAAAAGAUGUACCAGAUUUAAAAAUAACUUUAUCGACUUUUCCCAGCCAUACCUGAUUCACCGAAGGGAUUCUGUAAGUUGUUCCGAUUAGCUAGUGUCUACGACAUAAACCGUGAACCUUGCUCUCCAUCAUUAAUAUGUAUUCUACUAGCUGACAGUUCAUUUGAGACAGAUUUUUGGCAUAGACGAAAUAAAGUUGCCUAGGCACUUGACAAUGCUGGACCGCUUUCAAAUAUCCCAUUUUCUUUCACCGGACGAAUUUUACAGCUUCUGCCAUUUUUUCUUUAUCCCAGGUUUUUCGUUUCUUGGUUGAUUGUGAAGCCGACAUGUUAAAAACAAAGAUAACAUAGGGGAGAGGGAGGCACUGUUGAACACUUUUUAAAUAAAAUAUUAUAUUUCUCACAUUGUGCUACAUAUCAAGGUAUAUAAUUUUUCUUAUGAAUAGAUAUGCUAUUUGUGCUACAAAAUAAAAAUUAAAUUUACUUGUUUUUACUUAUAACUAAAAAUAUUAUUAUUUUUCAAAAACACAUUUUUGUUCAAAUGUGUCCCUGGCAAAGAAAUAAAUACAUUUGUGAUUCUUUUUUGGCAGAGUGACACUUUACCAAUAUAUAGUCAUUUUCAUAUAAUUUCUCAUUUCUCAAGGAUUAAAUUGAUUCGCUUUCAUCAACUAGAUUAUCAGACUCAGAAUUAUUUUGACCAUCUGUUAAAUCCAUAUCAGAAUCAUCGUGAAAAGAUAUAUUUCCGUCAGAUUCUGAGUUUAACUGAUAUUUUGGCAAUGGUUUUUUCUUUUUAUACAUAUUGUUCUGAGGCAUACAUUGUUCUCAUUUUGCUAAAGGCAGAAUUGCAGGCUUGCGUUUCAUCAUGACAUUAUGCUUAUUGAAGCUGGUUGAUCUGGAAAGACUGGUGUUUUCAGAUUUUCGCAAAGAUAAUACUGGGUGCCUUUUCAUAAAGUUUUUCAUCCAUUCAAUGCCCACACUCUUGUUAUCUAACCAUUUUUCAGGACAUUUAUUUAACCCUGCUACAUUGAUAUGCCAAUUUUCGACCUUGUAAGUAGAUAAGACCAUAAUUCAUUUUGGACAUUUUUAAUAAGUACCUUUCCAGCAAACUUGACUCACAGUAUGUCUCAUUACUCAUUACAUUCUCUUUAUAUUUCUUUACUCUAUAGUACAAUAUAUAUAUAUAUAUAUAUAUAUAUAU